AUGGCGGUCGAAGAUCUCGUGCAAUGGGUCGACAAGUUUAGUGAUUUGGCGCGAGAGUUUCCAAUCAAAGACUUCGCCUUCCUCGUAUACCCUCUCGUCUGUACCGUCGUGGGUGGUAUUAUACUCUACUACACCCAUACCGACUACUGGGACAAACCGAAGCGAUACACGGUACCAGCUCCUCAUUAUCCCGAAUAUGUGAAUAUCCUCGAUAAACCGAGCGUCAAAGCCGAGGGCUCUUCAGCCAUACAAUGUUAUAACCCGGCUACUAGCCAGCUCCUCGGCUUCGUGAACCCUUCUACACCCGCCGGUAUCGAUCGCGCCAUAGCUCAAGCGGCUACGGCGCAGGAGAAAUGGGCCAAGACAAGUUUCAGUGAACGAAGAAAGGUUUUACGUACCAUGUUACAAUAUGUCCUCGAUAAUCAAGAGCAAAUCUGUCGAGUGAGCUCCAUGGACUCGGGGAAAACAAUGAUAGACGCUCAGCUAGGAGAAAUUCUAGUUACGGCUGAGAAGCUUGAAUGGACUAUUAAGCAUGGCGAGAAGGCAUUGCGUCCGAGUAGACGCCCGACGAAUCUACUCAUGUCGUAUAAGAAGAAUACGGUAUAUUAUGAACCUUUGGGUGUCGUGGCGGCGUUGGUUAGUUGGAAUUACCCCUUUCAUAAUCUGAUAGGUCCUAUUAUCAGUGCUAUUUUCGCGGGCAAUGGUAUCGUGGUCAAAGUGAGCGAACAAACGUGUUGGAGUGCCGCCUACUACACAAGUAUUGCAAGGGGUGCCCUCGUCGCACACGGCCAAGACCCUCAACUAGUACAAUCCCUCGUUUGUUGGCCUCAGACCGCAGGAUACCUAACAAGCCAUCCCGGUAUCAGCCAUCUCACAUUCAUUGGUAGCCGACCCGUAUGCCACAAAGUCGCUGAAAGCGCAUCCAAGACUCUUAUUCCCGUGGUCGCCGAACUCGGCGGUAAAGACGCUGCCGUCAUCCUCGACUCAGCGGCAUCCGACCUCAAGCGCAUUGUGGAGAUCCUAAUGCGCGGUACUUUCCAAGCCUCAGGACAGAAUUGCAUCGGCAUCGAGCGUAUUAUCGCCGCGCCCGGUGUCUACGACAAGCUCGUCACCAUGCUCGAGCCCCGCGUCAAGGAUCUACGUCUCGGUCUCGACAAAGACGUCGGCGCCAUGGUCUCCGACGCCUCUUUCGCGCGACUCGAGGGCCUAGUCGAAGACGCCGUCUCAAAGGGAGCCCGCCUCCUCGCGGGCGGCAAACGAUACAUCCACCCCUCGCACCCGAGCGGUUUCUACUUCAGCCCAACCCUACUCGUAGACGUAACCCCCAAUAUGGCCAUAGCAAACGAAGAAUGCUUCGGUCCCGUAAUGACCCUCCUCCGCUCCCCCUCCUCCACAGCAUCCUCCCUCCUAACCCUAGCCAACGCACCAUCCUUCGGUCUCGGCGCCUCCGUCUACGGGCGCGACUCCGAUCCCAUCCUGCGCGAAGUAGUCCACGGCAUACGCGCCGGCGGCGUAGCUAUAAAUGACUUCGCCGUAUUCUACGCCGUUCAACUACCCUUCGGCGGCGUGGGCGGAUCCGGAUACGGCCGCUUCGCAGGUGAGGAAGGAUUACGCGGGUUAUGUAAUCCGAAGAGUGUGUGUGAGGACCGGUUCGGAUGGCUUGGUAUUAGGACCGCGAUUCCCCCGCCCGCUAGAUACCCUGUCCCAAGCCAGGAGCGCGGGUGGAGGUUUACUAGGGGGGUGGUGAGGAUUGGGUAUGCGUUGAAUCUUGCGGGGAAGGGGAGUGGGGUUGUGGAUGUUGUUAAGAAUGGGUAG